UGGGACGUCUGCCCAAGAGUCUCUUCGUUUGUGGUGUUGACCAGCCCGGACCGAAUUUAAAAUGGGUGAUGUUGAAAAAGGCAAGAAGAUUUUUGUUCAAAAGUGUGCCCAGUGCCACACUGUGGAAAAAGGAGGCAAGCAUAAGACUGGACCAAACCUCCAUGGUCUGUUUGGGCGGAAGACAGGCCAGGCUGCUGGAUUCUCUUACACAGAUGCCAACAAGAACAAAGGUAUCACCUGGGGAGAGGAUACCCUGAUGGAGUAUUUGGAAAAUCCCAAAAAGUACAUCCCUGGAACAAAAAUGAUCUUCGCUGGAAUUAAGAAGAAGGGAAAGGACCCUAAUAGCUUAUCUUAAAAAAGGCUACUAAUGAAUAAUUCCACUGCCUUAUUUAUUACAAAACAAAUGUCUCAUGGCUUUUAAUGUAUACCAUAAUUUAAUUCAUACACCAAAUUCAGAUCAUGAAUGGCUAACAAUGUUUUUGUUGGACAGCCCUGAUUUAAGUUAAACUGACUUGCUAUAAAGUGGAUAUGAUCUUUUUUAAAGUAACACUUCCAAUUGUAUACAUGUUAUCACUGCUUUCCCUUUCUCAAGAUAAGAUUGGACUUAAUUAGUAAUGUUUUACUUUCCAUAAAUAUGGGGGUGUCGCCUCAAACCUAUUGAAUGGUUUUAUACUUAGAUUUAUAUAACUGGGUAUAUGAAUAUGUUUAAAUCCUGGGAAAAUUCUGUCACUGUCUCAGAAACAAGAAGACUCACCCGUGCUUCAGCGUGUGUUCACUGGCCUCUGACAGGCAAUGCUAAACACCAGGACGGAACUAUUCUUGACAAUGCUGUUUUAAUUAGAAUUCCCUACAUCAAUGAUGUUCCCUUUCACCACUGAAAG